AUGGCGUCCGCGGCGUCGCUGGAGAUGAAGCGCCUGGCGAUCGUCGGCGAUGAUGAUGCCGCUGCUCCGGCAGCGAUGAGCAUCCUGUGGCAGACGCCGGGGUACUUUCUGCACGGCGUGGCGGAGGUUUUCACCUGCGUCGGCAUGUCGGAGUUCUUCUACGACCGGGCGCUGGACGGCAUGAAGAGCCUGUGCUCGGCGCUUGGGCAGCUGGCGAUCGCCGGGGGAGCUUACCUGCACGCCUUCAUACUGGGCGUUGUGUCGGUGGCGACGACGAGCGGCGGAGCAGCCCCCAGGUGGAUUCCGGACAAUCUGAACGAGGGUCAUCUCGACUAUUUCUUCUGGAUGAUGGCAACACUUAGCUUAAUUAACCUAGCCGUGUUUGUUACAAUAUAA